AUGGCGAAUAUUUGUGAAAAACUUAGCAAAUGGAGGGAAUAUUUUGUUUCAUCAAAAACAAAUAUAUUUGAAAUAAUUGAGCUUGCUAUAAUUAUUUCAGCUAUAGAUCAUCCAAAAGAAUUCAAAUUGAAAAGAGAUAGAGUUGCUCAAUUGCUUUUUUCAUGUAAAAUCACUAGGGGUAAUGGUUGUGACAAGGUUGAAUUUGUUGUACCAAAUGCUGAUAACGUUGUAACGCAUGCUGAUAAAGAUGUACAAAAUACCGUCAAUGUUGAUGUUGAUGAGGAGGAACCUGAGAACUCGAGCGAUGAGGAAGAAGAAGAGUCGCGAAUUAAUAAGGAGGUUUUAAGGAACAAGAGUAUCAUCGAUGACUAUCGAAACGAGACUGAUUUGAGUGUAUACGCGAGCUUGAGGGAGCUCAGAAAGAUGGAUUUAACUCUGGAGACUCUGAAGGCUACAGGCAUUGGAAAGUCUGUUAACGCUCUCAGAAAGCACAAGUCAGCGAAUAUUCAGAAUCUGGCCAAGAAAAUGGUUGAAAACUGGAGUGAAAUGGUGAACGAAUACUGUUUGAAAGCUCAAGCAGCAUUUGCAGAUACAGAAAGGAUCCCUGAAUCUCCGAAAGCAACUGUUGCUGGUGAAGAGGAAGAAAGACUUCCUUCCAUGCCUUUGGAGGACUUAUCUUUCGUGUUGAAUCAGGCCACUUCAUUUACAUUAUCACGGGUCUUGGAUGGCCUGGAUGAUGACGGAAAUGCUUUAAGCAGCGGCCAAACUAAUAACCACCGUGAAGUUGGCCGAAAGGCCAGCAAUCCUGUCAGCAGGCAGCAGAAUGUCACUGCUGCUCCGGAGGCCAAUCCUGUAAGGAGGCAGCAGAACGUCACUGCUGCUCCGAAUGAAAGUAAUCCAGUCAGGAGGCAGCAGAAUGUAACUGCUGCUCCGGAGGCCAAUCCUGUCAGGAGGCAGCAGAACCUCACUGCCGCUUCGAAGGUCAGUAAUCUAGUCAGCAGGCAGCAGAAUGUCACUGCUGCUCCGGAGGCCAAUCCUGUCAGGAGGCAGCAGAACGUCAUUGCUGCUUCGAAGGUCAGUAAUCCAGUCAGCAGGCAUCAGAAUGUCACUGCUGCUCCGGAGGCCAAACCUGUCAGGAGGCAUCAGAACGUCACUGCUGCUCCGAAUGUCAGUAAUCCAGUCAGGAGGCAGCAGAACGUCACUGUUGCUCCGAAAGACAAGAAGGGCGACCAUCAAAAGAAACAAACAUCACUUGCCAAACCAAACAAGCCUCCUGGAGACAAUUCUAUGCCCGGAAGACCGAUAAAACCAACAUUCCAACGGAAGCUCAACAAUGAUGACAUGAAAUUCCAGCAUAAAUCCGACAGAAGCAAAAUUCAGACGAGGCCUGUGCCUACUCAACCAAAUAAGCUGAAACGUCCAGAAGAGGAUGCAGAACAAGUGAAACUUGAGGCGGCAAAGAGAAAGCUCCAGGAGCGUUAUCAAGAAGUUGAAAGAGCGAAAAGGCAGCGGAUGGUUCAGGUAGUGGAGUUGUGCGACAUGCACAAGAAGGAACACCCAAAGCAUGGUCCUCGCGCUAGAAAUCCUCACAUGAGACCGGCUAACCAUAAUAGGCCUUUGGUAAAUAGGCGUCAGUGA